GCCUGAGAGGGGAGAAAGGGGCAACAGGGCUAGGGAGGGAAAAGUGAAACGCUGUCUUUUUUUUUUAAGGACUUUAACUUUUACUGGAUUAAACAUUUAUAAGAAAACAAAUCAUUUUAGAUUCCUGUGGUGUCAGUUUAACAAAAUAAAUUAACUUAUCUAAUUACCUGGACAUCAUGGAGGAAGAAUCACUAACUCGGGAGACAGAAACAACCUGCCUAUCAGACACAACCAACAACAAGGCAGAUGAGCCAAGUUUGCUGGAGAGUAAGGACUCAGGGGAGGUGGCUGAAGGUCAGGGUGUAAUGGAUGCUGGAGAGAGAGGCGAGGCAGAUAAAGUAGAAGAUAAACACAAUGCUGAAGAUACAGACAAGCUUCAGACUGUCUCUCAGCCGGCUGAAUGUGACACAGAACAGGCUGGAGAUGACUAUGAGGACAAACCAUCGGCUGCUGGUGAUGUGAAGGAAACUGAAACGACGAGAGGAGAAAAAGAUGAGAAGCAGAGUGAUCAAAAGGAGGAAGAUGAGAAAGAAAGGCAGGUGGAAGAGAUAAAAAGAUGCGAGAAUGAGGGAGAAGAAGAAAAAAUAAAGGACGAACAGGGGAGUAGAUGUGAAUUGACAGCAAAGGGUGAAGAUGUAAAAACUAAUGAGGCAAAAGGAAUGGAGAAGAAGGAACAAGCAAAAGAGGAGGCUGCAGAGAUGACAGAUAAAGGAAAGGCUAAGGAGUCAGAAAAACAAGUGAAGCCUAAAAGAAAGAGUGCCCCUCCAAGCUCCUCUUUAUCCAGACCAAGACCCUCAGCUCGCUCCAUUAGAGCAUCCGCUAAAAAUGAUAUUAUAGCCAAAUUCCAACAGGGUGCCCCAGAAACUCCAAUCCCUCGCAAUUUUAAAAUUCAGAGGUCGUCUGCCGCUGUGGCAACAGGGGCCUCAAUUAAGCAAAAGAUCCUUCAGUGGUGUCACAACAAGACUCGCAACUACGAGGGUGUCAACAUAGAAAACUUUUCAUCAUCUUGGAGCGAUGGGCUGGCGUUCUGUGCUCUUAUCCAUCGUUUUUUCCCAGAUGCUUUCGACUUCAGCUCAUUGAAACCAAAGGAGAGGGAGAAAAACUUCACUUUGGCUUUCCAAACGGCAGAGUCCCUGGCUGACUGCUGUCCUCUGCUGGACGUUUCUGACAUGAUCAUGAUGGGCAAAAACCCUGACCCCAUGUGUGUGUUCACAUACGUCCAGUCCCUCUGCCACAGCCUCUCCAAAAUAGAAAAAGAGAGGAAGGACAAAGAGAAGGAGGCAAAUGGGAAGGCUGGGAACCAGAAAGAAGAGAAAGAGGAAGGAAACGAAGCAGCAGGAGAGGUAUCGAGCGCUGACAGUGAGAAGAUGGAAAACCAAGAGGAGAAACAAGAAGUAGGCGAAGAAAAAGUGAAGGGAAAUGAAGAGGAGGAAGACUUAUCAAAAAGUUGUGAGAUGGAGGAAACCGAGAGAGAUUUAGUUGAGGCACAGUCAUAAAAAACUGACAGAAGACAAAAAAAAAAAA